AUGUCGGGUUCGACGCACAAUCUGGCUGCGCUGCUGGACGCGUCGACGACCGGAGCUCAUGCCUCUUCGAGGACUUCUACCGACGGCGGAGAUCGGAUGCGUAGGGUCAUCAUCGUUGCAAACAAUCUGCCUGUUAAGGCGAAGCCUCACCCUCAUGGGGGCUGGGCAUUUGAGUGGGAUGACGAUGCAUUGAUUCUACAAGCCAAGGAUGGGAUUGACCAAUCCUUGGAGGUUUUGUAUGUGGGGGGCCUGUCUGUGGAAAUCGCAACUGCUGAUCAGGAGGCAGUGGCCUCCAGACUUGCACGUUUGCAGUGUGUGCCUGUGUUCCUGAAGAGGGAGCUAAAAGAGAAGUUCUAUAAAGGUUGCUGCAAGCAGCAAUUGUGGCCAUUGUUCCACUACGUUCUGCCAACUGCACCUUUGUGCACCCAGCGCUUUGACUUAGACAUGUGGCAAGCCUACAAGCAAGCAAACAUGGUAUUCGCCCAACAAGUCAUUUCUGUGCUGGCCUCAAGAAAGAACUAUGUCUGGAUACACGAUUACCAUUUGUUGGUUCUGCCAUCAUUGUUGAGGAUGAAGAUAGGAAACAUUCGCUGUGGGCUUUUCUUGCACUCACCCUUCCCAUCAUCUGAGAUUUUCAGAACACACCCCAUGAGAGAAGACAUUCUGCGGUCGUUGCUGAACGCUGACCUUGUUGGCUUCCACACGUUUGACUACGCUCGGCAUUUUCUGUCGUGCUGUUCACGGUUGCUAGGCCUGGAACAUCGCACAUCAAGGGGCGCUCUUGGUUUGGAGUACUGCGGGAGAUAUGUGGGAAUCAAGAUUAUGCCAACAGGUGUAAAUCCUGAACGGCUAUUGAUGGGCAUGAAAUGGAAAGAAACACAGUGGCGGCGUGGACAGCUGCUAGCUGAGUUCAAGGGCAUGAAGGUUUUGAUCGGUGUGGAUGACAUGGACACCUUCAAAGGAAUCGACCUGAAACUCUUCGCAUACCGCCAGUUUUUGGAAAGUCAUCCCGAGUGGAGGGAGAGAGUUGUGUUGGUUCAGAUUGCGAACCCUGUCCGCCAAAGCGGCCCUGAAAUCCAAGAUCUGCUAAAAUGUGUGAACGUGCUGGUUGAUGGGAUCAACAAAGACUUUGGCUCCCCAGCAUACCAGCCAGUCAUCCUUCUGGAUCGGGCAGUGCCCAUGUAUGAGCGCAUGGCAUUCUAUUCCAUUGGCGAUGUUUUGGUCCUGACUGCAACACGGGAUGGCAUGAAUCUGGCACCGUAUGAAUACGUGGUCUGCAGGCAGGGGGCGCUAUGGGAGGAGGAUGCUCCCAAGACCUCUGGUUUAAUUGUGUCAGAAUUCGUCGGCUGUUCACCCUCACUGUCUGGUGCCAUCCGUGUGAACCCAUGGGGCAUAGACAGUGUGGCAGAUGGAAUCUACUCAGCGCUGACCAUGCCCCUGGACGAUCUGCAGUUUCGGCAUGAGAAGCACUGGCGCUAUGUGUCACAACACACUGUCGCCUUCUGGGCACAGUCGAACACAGCUGAGCUGGAGAGGAUCACUAAGGAUCACCACACCAUGAAGUGCUACAAGCUGGGCUUGGGACUGAAUGCGUUUCGGGUGGUUGCCUUGGACAAGAACUUCAGAAAGCUGGAUGCCUCCCAGUUGAUGGGGGCCUACAACAAAUCGAGUCGGCGUGUGUUCCUUCUGGACUAUGACGGAACUCUCAUUCCGGCCACCAGCCUGAAACCCAAUCCCCCAAACAAGGUGUUGACGGUGCUCAAUGCACUCUGCGGCGACAAGAAGAAUUUGGUGUAUUUGAUAAGUGGUCGAUCGAAGGAGCACCUGGUGGAAUGGUUUAAGUCUGUGGCCAAUCUAGGCAUGGCUGCCGAGCAUGGCUACUUCUUCCAACAGAUAGGCUCCAAUGUUUGGGACGUCGCGCAAGGAACAGAUGACUUCAGCUGGAAGCAAUUGGCCAUGGAAGCUAUCAAGCACUACACAGAAUCAACUGAUGGGAGUGUGCUCGAGGAAAAGCAGAGUGCGUUGGUUUGGCACUAUCGGCAUGCAGAUCCAGACUUCGGAAACUGGCAGGCAAAAGAGCUGAAGAACCACCUGGAGGAGAUCCUGAGCAACAAGCCUGUGGAGGUCGUGAAUGGUCACUUUAUUGUGGAGAUCAAGCCACAGGGCGUCAGCAAAGGCCAGAUGGUGGAGCGCAUAUUGGUCGAGGCCACAGCCAAUGGAGGCCCGCCAGACCUGGUGCUCUGCAUUGGUGACGAUCGGUCAGAUGAGGAUAUGUUCACGGCCCUGGAACAGGUCGCUUUUUCACCUCACAUGCCUGCCGAGGUGUUCGCCUGCACUGUGGGCCAGAAGCCCAGCAAGGCCCAAUUCUAUGUGGACGAUAUCGCAGACGUUGUGGCGAUGUUGGAGAAGCUAGUCAGCGUUCCAUGA